UUUGGAAAACAUAAAUCAUACUUGAAUUUCACAAUGUUAUAUACAAUUUAUACAUUCGUAGUUAUUUUACAUGGCUAACAUGGCUAAUGCCGAAGUGAAAUGUUCGUUAAUACGCUGGAAACAUAAAUUUUAAAGCGAUGAACGAAGUGGACGGAGAAGAGGAGGAAACAUGCUACAAAGAAGAAAUUAUUUAUUCCAGACAGUCAAUUUCAAACACGGAAUGCAAGGAAAACGUAGAGGAGUUACAACCGGAGUGGAAAGAAGCACGUCGCAAUUGUGGCCUUUUAGCAAUCCUGAAUAUACUUCAGAACUACGCAGUUACGGCGUUACAAAUGUCUGAGAUGCGGGAUCUGCUGACGUUCCGGACAGACCUAUACACAGUAUUUAAAGAAAGACUGGUGUCUGCGAGUAAGAGUGAUGUUGAACUGAUUUUAUCAGGUAGCCUAUCUCAGAAGUUAACUGCUUUUCACUUCAUCUACCCAAGUAAAGAAUCGGGACAGUUUGGCAGAAAGGCCGAUACAGACAUUGACGUUCUGAUUGUUGACAAGUCCAACAAGGUAACGGAGAAAUACACACCGGGAAAUAACUUCCUAAUGCAACCAACCAAACAUAUAGGAUAUGUCCGGCUUUAUAAAGGAGUUCCAAACAGGUCAAAGUGCAUAUCUAGCAAGGGGUUUCGGAAACACUGGAAAUCAUUUGUCGACGACACAGAGCUAUUUACACGAUAUACAGGGAGGGGUAACAGAUUUCCAAGAAGAGGAGAUACAUUGACAGGUCCAGCUAUAACAAAGGUUGAAAAUCUUCAGAUGAGGGACUUUUUUGACCAUGACUUUGUUCCUGCUAUUCAGUGCGUGGAUUGGCCUUCACAAGCCCGCGACUGGAUCUUAAGGAAAAGAAGUUCUGACUGGCCUACCAGACAACUGUUAGAGGAAUGUGUGUCAUCAACAUGUCACGUGGUUCCAGUUGGCUGCAAAGAUAGCAUGUGUUCAGAGAAAGGAAAAGAGUGGCGUCUCUCGUUCACAGAAACAGAGGUGAAGCUUGCGCGUUCUUUCACAGAAAAACAGAGGCAGUCCUAUAUUGCUGCAAAAAUGUUGAUCAAAACUGCUGUAAAUCAAUUAAGGAAUAAAAUUCCUUAUUUGAAACAAUAUCGCCUUGUUAGUUCGUAUGAUGUGAAGACAACCAUGUUCUGGCUGUGUGAAACCCGCACUAACUGGGAUGAUGUAUUAGCAAACGUGAAGGAUAUAAUUAACAGUCUGUUGGGUUAUUUUGGCAUGCGGUUCUUGCCCGAUUAUUUCAUUCCUGAGAAGAAUUUGAUCGCAGGCGUUAGUGAUGACAUGUUCGGCAUCUGCGAAAACAUUUUGAAGGAAACAUCCUAUCUACCGAUUCAAAUAUUCAAAGCCUGUUAUUACCAGACAUAUUCCUCCUGUUUUCAGUACGACAUGGAUUGUUCACCUUUACUACGGAAAAUGUACAACGAGAUCUGUGAUUUUGAGAAGUUUGGCAAACCCACGAGAAAGCUGAUUAUUUUCACUAUUUUACAAAUUAUGAUGGAAAUUUCAAGCUCGAUUGUAUGUUCUUAUCAUGCACGAGAUCUGGUCUCUAGCAUACUUGUUAUGCUAGACGCCUUAAAUGAAUUGCACUGCCAGUAUGUUACGGUUUUUGGUAUGACAAAACUGUUUUCCGAAGAUGACAUUAGCAGUCUAUCCUCAGAGAAUGAGACUCUUGAAAAACUGUCUUCAUUUAAUGAGGUGUUCGUAAACACUAUAUCCAAUCCUGAUGUAAUAUCCCAAUUAGGAAAUGAUGUUUUUGCUGUGUUAACAGUUUUCUUUUCUGACAAUGUUCCCUCAGCAUCUAUCGCUUACGGCGGACGCGCAGAGAUUGUUGAAUUUGCAGAGCUUGUGCAACUGAAUAUUAACAACGAGCAGUUGGUUAGAAUGGCGAAAGAUGCAUAUGGUAGCGUAGAAAAUCUUUUGAAAAAAGCAGACGAAAUGGAAGAAGAAGUGUCAGAACUCUACGACAUCUUUUCCCAAACUGCGGAAACAGCUCUGAUUGCAUACCACAACGUUGUGAAGGAGAAUAAGUUAAUGGAAACCACAGAUUUCGCCUGUCUUGAAGAGAAUGUAAUCGUUUAUUGCUGCGAAACGUUCGAGAAAAAUCUGUCCGGAAUUUUAGAGGAGGAAAGCCUUGGAUGUUCAUCUUCAAGGGAAAGACUUACUUUGUUACGAUCAAAAGUUAAGAGAAGCGACAUUCGUAUGCAAAUAGGCUAACGAUUAAUAGGCUGAAAGCAUAAAGGCGAAAUCUGGUGAAAAUAUAAAGAAGAUUAUAAUGCAAGGAACAAUCAAGUCUAUGUCACAUUGUGUGAUUUUUCUACAAAAGUAAUGAACCAGGAAAAGCUAAGACAAACUUUUUUUUUUAUAUCUCGACGAGCGACUAUUCCAAUUGUUACUGAAUUGAAAUACCUAACCAAUUAAUGCUUUUAGCCAUUCAGGAAGUUAUUGAGUACAGAAACAUUUGUGGUUUCAAAUUAAAUCAGGCGCUUAAUUUUGUUGCCAAUGUUAUUGUCAGGGUGUCAUUCUAAUUUUUCUUGUUUUUAGUCUGUACAAAACUUAGGGAAUUAGUUAACUCAGCAUACGUUUGUUUCAUUAAUUAAUGAGACAAUUUUAAUUAUGCAUAUAAUAGUGUAACUUUAACCAAAUGCAUUGUUUAAUAUAAUGUGCUUGGUACAGUACCACAAGCAAUGUUAACCCUAGUAAGAUACAUAACUCUACAUCUUUUUAAACACAAUAUCAAGGACCGUGUUUUUGAAAAAAAAUGUCAAUGGAAAAAAGUCAACAAUUAUAAAAAUCAUUACUUUCGAUAUAUGUAUGAUAUUUAUGCAUGUGAUAAACUUGAUCUCAAAACUCCAAUGAAAAGAAAUGCAGUCAUUCAAUCUCUUCAUUAAUAAAUGUGAUAAAAACAUAUCAUUACGAGAUGAUUUGUGGCAGUGAUUGUACUUGUUGACAUAUUUGCACGAAUAAAAUCUAAUCUUAUCUGAUCUAA